GUUUCUUCAAAGUUCAAACUUCAAACUACAGAGAGCUCGGAUGUGAGUGAGAGAGUGAGUGAUUGUCAUGAACUCUGUAAAUCCAUCACUCUCCAUCUCUUCUUCACAACCAUCACUUCCAUACCUUUUCAAUGCCCUAAAUUACAGAACCCAACUCCUUCAGAACCCUAGAAAUCACCAUCCCAACACCCCCUCAACCUCCUCGUCCUACUCCGCCUCAUCCUUCCGUCCCCGCCGCCGUCGUCCUCGUCGCCGCCUCAAUCCCAAUCCAUUCACUGACGCCGAACCCACCUCGACGUCCGAUUCCAAACUCCAAAUGGCCAUCGAUAUCGAACCCUUGAACAAAGUUUCAUCAUCUGUUGAAAGGUUCUUAAGUUUCUCUGAAUUGAAGUACAAUCAAUUCGUUUACUCUGGUAACGAGGCUUUACGGGACUUGCAGACUUUGAUCACAGUGGAUGAUGAUCGGAAGGUUAUAGUCUCGUGCCGCAGGUCUACGUUGCAAUUUAUCGGCAGUUUGGCUCUUUGGGGAUGUGUGAUUGUUGUUGCUUUUAGGGUUUUGAUGAAAUUGGGGUUAGGGUUUAGGGAACAAUUGAGGUAUGGGUAUAGUGGUGGAGUCGUUACGAGGAGGGACCGGAGUCUUGGGGGGAGAGAAGUGGUUGUUGGGGUGAAGAAGAAGGAGAUGAAUGAGUUUAGGGUAUCGAAAACUCCUCCGACUGUGGUGAGAGGUUCGGAGACAUUGUCGAAGAGUUGGGUUCGGAAGGGGCAGAAGUUGCCAGAUUGGUGGCCGGUUUCGCUUCCGCCUCCAGUUUUGACGCUUAACAAGGAGGAGUAUCAGAGAGAGGCUGACAGAUUAAUUCGAGCGAUCAUGGACAAUAGAAUGAGCGGACAGGACAUUUUGGAGGAUGAUAUUAUUCAAUUGCGUCAAAUAUGCAGGACCUCUGGAGUGAGAGUGUUCAUUGACACAAUCAAUGUACGGAAUUCAAUUUAUCGUGCUUCGGUUGAUUUUGUUCUAAACAAUUGCAGCAGAGUGGCAAAUUACUCUACCUUCGCCCAGAUUUAUGGUGAGGAUGCCCGGCAAUUCAUCGCUGGGCUUGCUGAUAACAUCAGGCUUGAGAGCAUGCGCGCUGCUAGAAUUGUGUCUGCAGCUGUUGCUGCACGCACACGUUCAUCCUUUUUACAGGCAUGGGCUUUUGAAAUGCAAGGUAAAAAUUAUGAAGCAGUGAUGGAACUAUCAAAGAUAUGUCUCUUUCACAGGAUAUUUCCUCCAGAAGAGUGUUCGCCUGAGAUGGAGAUGGUUGCUAGAGGCCUUGAGAAACAUUUAAAAGUGGAACAAAGGGAAAUUUUGAUGAAGAUGCUUGUUGGAGUUUGUGGCGAAGAGAGCCAUAGAAGUGUGGCAGAAGCUUUGGGUCUGAUGACUACUGAAGGUGUUGGCAAUUAUCAGGAGAACAAGCAAAUGUAAAUAAUAAUUACGUAUCAACGUAUUGUAUUAGACUAAUUUUUUAAGCAAUUGAAGUAUAACAUUAAUCAUUUGUUAUCA